AUGGAAAUGUCUAUUUAUUCAGGGGUUAAAGAGGCUAAUGAGGAAUCAAUCAAUGGAGAUGCCUUUCAUCCUGAGUCGUUGUUAAGGAGAAUAGCUAAGGAUAUUCCUCGGUCAGCAGUGGCAGAAAAUGACGAUCGGACCCGGGAUCCUAUAGUGGAUGAUUUGAUGAAAUUAUCAGCUCAUAAACCAUUGAUAGUGACUGAAAGAGGCUCUACAUUUCUACCUAAUGAGUCUAUUAAUCACUAUUCGUCGCAUUUAUCGGAGCUACUCUACUUAUUGAAUGAGGAGCGUGAUUUAGAUGAUACUUCGAGAAUGUCCAUAGAAGGAAACUUAUUCGAGUUAACGUCUUACAUUCCUAAACCAUCAUCGGCUAUAGAUAGUCAUUAUAGACUAUUCUAUCCCAAUGAACAGCUAUCGAAGAUAUUGAUCGACAAUUACGCACCGUUAUUAAAGUUUUCCUCCACUUACUUUAACUUGUCUUUAGCAUCACAUAUAACAAAGUAUAUGGUUGAAUUAGUUUAUAUGUUGCAAUACUGGGAGGUAUACCAUUUAUUGUAUCUUUUGCCUGAUUUGGAAUAUAUCUUAAAAUUGGUUGAUAUAGAGGUUGUUCAGACACCUUUUGGACCUCUUGUUAGGCCUCCAAAAAACUUAAUGGUCGAAUCAAUGUCCCAAGGCUUACAAUAUUCAUUUCCAUAUCCGUUCUAUAACUAUUCUUAUCAUUCGUUAGAUCCAACUGUGAAGAAAAGGAAAUAUUCAAAGGUUAACAUUACACCGUACAUUGAUAUAACAUUAGCAAGUUUACAAAACUCUGCAAAGAAAAGGCAAUUGGAUGCCCCAACUCCCAUAAAACAAGAGCCUGCAAUUAAAAACGUUGAUGCCAAUAAUAUAGAUGCAACAAAAGGCAAAGAAAAAGUAACAAGGAGCCAAGUUGAAAAGGUAGCCGACAAUGCUGAUGAUAGUAAAGAAUAUGAAUAUAGAACUAGAGGCACCACACGUAGGCAACAAAAUGACCUGAGCCAAGCCUAUAAUGAAACUUUCAACGAAGAUGAGAAUGAAAUCGAAGAUGAGAAUGAAGUUGAAGAUGAGAAUGAAGUCGAAGAAGAAGAACAAGAAGAAGACCAAGAACAAGAGGAAGAACAAGAACAAGAGGAAGAAAAUUAUGAGAAAGCCACAAACCAUGAAAUCGACGAAACACCGAUACCUGAAGUUAAAGAAAAUUCGGAAGCAGCUCCUCAACAGGACGAUAAAGAAGACUAUGAUAAUGAACUAGAAAGAGAAGUUACAUCUAGCCAAAGUCCAAGUUCUGAAAAUUAUAUCAAAAAUAUUGAUGACAACAAUCAAUUUGAAAUAAAGAUAAUACAUUCUGGAAGUGAAAAAGGACUUACUGAAGAAGAGGCGAAGAAGAAUAAAUCAAAGUCUGGUGUAAUACAUCAAUGUCAUCUAAUGGAUCCUCACACCAUGAAAGCAUGUUUGAAGAUUUUUUACGGUAAAAACGAAUUGUUGAGACAUCAGGAAUUCGUUCAUGCAACAAAGAAAAAAAUAUAUAAAUGCAUUUAUUGUUCACGAAACGGAACUAAGGUACAAAGUUACCCGAGACACGAUUCGCUUGCAAGACACAUAAGAAGGAAACAUGGUAUUACUGGUAAGGAAAAUAAGAUGGCGGUCAAUUAUGCUAAAGAGAAUGUGGAAGUAAUUGAUGAUCCUAGCAAAUUACCUCGCAACCAAUCUUCAGGACAAUUUGGUAAGCCUUUGCCUCGUCCACAAUUUUUGAAUAGCGAUUUUACGAUAAAAUCAAGUUAUGCCGGAUUUUUGCUGUUCAGUACUCGAGAUGGCCAAAGUAGAAACCAACCGGGAAGCUCUUCGUCCAACAAGUCGAAAGCAACUAAUGACUCAGACGCAUUAACGCCACCAAACGCAUCCGUGAUUUCCAAUACGUCUGUAAUCUCCAAUACAUCCCCCGAUACCACCGGCGUUGAUAAAUCUCCCAACCCCGAUAAUCUGAGCUUACAUUCUCAAAGCGCGGCAUCACCUUCUACAAGUCCAUCUCGUGGCAACGUUAAUAUCAACUCGGUUAAUUUCAAUAAACCGGAGGCGUCUGUCAUAAAAGAUAAUUUCCAAAAAUUUCGGUUUUCUAGCCCGCCACAACUGCAUAAAUACCAAUUUGAAGCUGAUAAAGACUCGAGCGCAGCCAACCCUCAUGCUCACUCGAUAGAUAUAGCAAAUUUGAAUUCCUCCAUUUCAAACUCAGUUCGAAAGCUAAAUUCCAACGAGGAAUUGUCUGAAGCCGAUCUCCUAAGUUUGGAUCCAUACAAUUUACCAUCAUCAGUUUCUCCAGAAGAAGCUUCAAAACUCCAAAGCGUGAUUUUAGAAUUGCGUAAAAAGCGAGAUGACUCUAAAUCAUGA